AUGGUUCACCUCGCCUCAGCCGUUACUGCCGGCCUCCUCGGUCUGGCCUCAAUCGUUGCCGCCCACCCCGGUCAUGACCACACGGCCGAGGCUGCUGAGCGCCGUCACUUCAUGCGCAAUGCUCCUAUUCAAUCGCGCAGCCUGUCCCAGUGUGCCUCCAAGCUGAAGGCCCGCGGUCUUGAGGCCAAGAAUGUUGCUCGUCGUCAGAACGCCGUCAAGCAAAUUCGCCGUCGCCGUGGUCUGAGCAAUGACGCCCAUUUCCUCAAGGCUCGUGAUCUGGACACCCUCUUAAACACCUCCCACGCCUCCAACUUGACCGGCGUUACUCCCUCCACCGAUGCCUCUGUUCUGUUCGGUUCUGAGGCUACCUGCAUUCUGGCUCCCGAUGUCACCCAAGGCCCUUACUAUGUGAGCGGUGAGCUCAUCCGUGAGAACAUCGUUGAAGACCAGGAGGGUGUUGCUUUGUACAUGGAUAUCCAGCUCAUUGACACUAACACCUGCGAGCCUCUGUCCGAUGUCUACAUGGAUCUGUGGCACUGCAAUGCUACAGGUGUCUACUCCGGCGUUGUAGCCAGCGGCAAUGGUGAUUCUUCCGAUGCCACGAACCUCGACGCUACCUUCCUGCGCGGAAUCCAGCCAAGCAACGCCGAGGGCGUUGUCCAGUUUGAGUCCAUUUUCCCUGGGUACUACACCGGCCGUACGGUCCACAUUCACGUCCUGACCCACCCCGCCAACGAGACCACCGUCCUCCAGAACAACACUAUCAGCGGCCUGUACUCCUCCAAGACCUCCCACGUUGGCCAGCUCUUCUUCGACCAAGACCUGAUCACCAAGGUCAAUGAGGUUUCUCCCUACUCCACCAACACCCAGACCCUCACCACCAACGCCGAUGAUAGCAUUCUGUCCGAGGAGGCUGAGACCAUCGAUCCGUUCAUGGAGUACGUUCUGCUCGGCGACGACCUCUCCGAUGGCAUCUUCGCUUGGAUCUCCGUUGGCGUUGAUAGCACUGAGGACACUAGUGUUAACGCCGCUGCGUACUACACCGAACAGGGUGGUGUUGAGAAUGAGAGCUCUGGCAUGGGCGGUGGCAGUGGUGGCGGUGGCUCUUCUCCUGGUGCCUCUUUUUCCGGCCCCAGCGGUAGCCGUCCUACCUCUGCUUAG